UCUCUCUCUCUCUCUCUCCCCCCUAUCCCCCUCCUCCUUUCUACACUCUUCUUGCUCUUCAUCCGUUCCUCCCCCCUCUUCAGAUGAGUACUCGUAAGGGCGGUGUCACCAAGGGUGCGCCUAAGCACCAGAAUAAGACGGCCUACAAGCACAACCGCGCCAGUAAGAAGACUCUGCACAUCCUUUCGCUGCCCAUCAACGGUCUGUGCAAGUCCUGCCGCGACGUGCUCGAAUGGCGCAAGAAGUUCCGCAAGUACAAGCCCCUCACGACUCCCAAGAAGUGUGUCUCGUGCGAGCAGCGCGCCAUUCGCGAGGCCUACCAUGUCAUUUGCGAUGAUUGCUGCCGCCGGGACAACGUCUGCUCCAAGUGCCUGAAGCCCCGGGCCUUGGUUGAGGAUGGUGGCCUUACCCACGCCGAGCGCCAGCGCCUCGAGGAGGAGGAGCGCCAUCACAUCCAGUCCCUCCGUGAGCGCGAACGCCGCUCCUACCUGCGCAACAAGGAGCGCGGCGACAAGAAUGAUGACAAUGACAGCGACAGCGACAGCGACGCCGAGUCCGAUCAUGAGGUUGCCCCUGGCCAGCGUCACGCCGCUGCCAGCAGCGACGACGAGGAUGACGAUGAGGAUGACUAUUCCACCGAGCCUGGCACCGACGACGAGGAUGACGACGAGCACCACGACGACUCCGACGACGAGUCCGACGAGGGUGGCGAGGGUGACGAGGAGGAGGAGAUCCCCCUUCCCCUGACGAACAUUGCCAACAUCAGCCUGUCGAAUUAGCCACUGUUCAUCCCUCCUCCCUCUCCACAUCCCCUCCAGUGUCCCCGUCGACGCACCACACUCGGCCUCCGGUCGCCGCCCCUCCACUCUCUUUCUUGUCCCCCUAUCUCUCUCUCUCUCUCUC